GAUGUGUGACUGCAGAUAGAAAACAAAGUACUUUAUGUAUAGUAUAGGUUUCUAAGACAAAAGAGAUGGAUUUGGUGAAAAGAAGCCAGUCUGUAAAGAACAUAGUAAGAGAAUUUAAGGUACAACCACCAGAGAGAAGUCGAGUGUGCGUUUGACUCUUGGUCUUCCCCAAGGCGAGGUUUUCCGUUUUCUUCCGGGCCAAAUUGAACCUGUCCAGCCCCCGUAGGCCGUGAGUCAAAAGUAUCGGUCAAAAUGGAAGUGAAUCCCCCUAAACAGGAGCACCUGCUGGCGCUGAAAGGUCCUGUUUCCCUCUGAUUUGGCAAGAGAGACAAUCUUGCAAUAAUAAAUUAACAUUCUAGCUCUGAGGAGUUCAGCUAAGAAAUUUUUUCAUCACUAAGAGUAAUUGGAUUACUGCAGAAUGACUACAGAAGUAAUAUUACAUUAUCGACCAUAUGAGAGUGAUCCCACACAACUGCCAAAAAUUGCAGAAAAGGCAAUUCAAGACUUUCCUGUUCGUCCACUAUCAAGAUUUAUACCUUGGUUUCCAUAUGAUGGGUCCAAGCUUCCACUCAGACCUAAAAGAUCACCGCCUGUGAUUUCUGGAGAGGCAGCUGAAGAUGUGAAACAGUACUUGGCCAUUUCAGAACAUAAUGCUGAAUCACACAGUUAUGAUUGCACAGUAGAUCUGUUGGAGUUUAAACCUUGUUUGAAACAGCAGCAUUUAACCUGGUCACACACACUGAAGGAACAGACUAAUUCUGGAAAUGUGGAUAAACAAUCAGAAAAGGGAAAACAGCACAACAGGAGAUCUUGGAGUAUUUCCCUUCCCAGCGGUAAUUGUACUGAAAAGGUUUAUCCUUUGUCUAAAAAAUUGCAAGAUAGUUUAAAGGCUCUAAAUUUACACUCACUUUAUAGAGCAAGAUGGACAAUAGAAGACACUAUUUCUAACAGCCAAACUCUGGAAGACAUUUGGAUAAAACUCAAUCAAAUUAUUAGACAUAAUGAACUUCCAUCUUGUAAUGCUACAAUUCAGAGACAUCUAGGCCAAAUAUGGAUAUUCUGUGAUAUUAUGUAUUGUGAAUAUGUGGGAAGUCUUCUUAAAGGAAGAUUAGCUCUUACUGGAAAAAUUAAUUUAUCUGUGCAUAAAUAUGGUGUUAUUUUUAGUAUGUAAUGAACUCCACUGAUAGUCAACAAGGAAGAAUAUUCUGAAUGAAGUGAAUAUGGAUAGAAAUAGAUGAAAUAAA